AUGGCAGGUUUAAUUUUGCAUCUAGGAUUGUUUCUCUUCGGAGCAGCUGUCACUUCAGCAUGUCACACACAGUUUAUAGACAGCGGAAACUACUCAAUCUCUCCCGACGACUUAGACUUUUGGUUAAACAGUGGCCCCUUUUCUUUAAUGCUUAACGGCACCAGGCGUUCAACCGACGACGGCAGCCUGUCUGUGAGCAGUUACACGAACCCGACCUCAGGUGUUGAUGACAUUGGACAGUAUACAGAAAAUAAGUGGGUACUUUCUGCUGGGAAUGUCACAAUGGAGGCUGCCAUUCGAACCUAUCCAGACAGUACUCGGCAAGUUGUUGUCUUUAUACAGAGAUUUCCACAAGGUCUUUCAGGCACCAGGAUCAACGUCAACGAGACGAUCACCAGCUUCCCUAGCUUCCUGCUACAGAAUUUCAGCCAACCACUGGGCUACUUGUCAUAUGGCAGCUUCAUGUUUGGAGAUAUCAAUAAACAAGCCGGAAUAUGGGGAUCUAACGCAAAGAUAAAUGAUGGGUUGGAUGGGUCUGGACCGUUAGCAAUAUUUGAUGGAUUGGGAAACGCAAUGGUGGUCUCCCCACUAGGCAACUUUAUGGCCUCGUCUAUCUGGCUAGACAAAAGUAAAGCCAGCCUUAAUUUUGGGAUCAUGGGAGGGGUGGAUUCACUGCCAACAAAUUUUGAACACAGAACUAUUGCCUACUGUUCGAACACGGGUGUUGGAGAUGCAUUCGAUGGAUGGGGUGGAAUCAUGAGACGAGUGUAUAACAAAACAGAAGAAGUCAGAGAAUACCAUCAGUCGCAGGACUUGUCACUGACUCAUCUAGGCUACUGGACCGACAAUGGCGCCUAUUACUACUAUAACACAGAACAGGGCAAAAAUUAUGAGGACACACUGCUGAGUGCCAAGGCAGACUGGACAAACAGAAAGAUCCCUUACAAGUAUCUGCAGAUCGACUCUUGGUUUUACCCCAAGGAUAGCACCAAGGCUGUAACCACAUGGGACGCCACUGAGGAUAUCUUUCCCCAAGGAAUCAGGGCUUUUGAACAGAAGAUCGAUUUGCCUCUUGUUGCUCACAACAGAUACUGGUCUAUAAACACAACAUAUUCCAAGUUGCAAGGAGGUUUCUUUGACUUUGUUACAGGCGAUCAUCUGAGCUUACCUAACGAAGAGUUUUUCUGGCAGUUUCUGAUCGGGCAUGGGACACUGGAGUGGGGAUUAAUAGUAUACGAACAGGACUGGCUGAAUGUUCAAUUUUUGAAUUCGGAAUUCCUCAUCAACGAUUUAUAUUUGGCGAGGACAUGGCUGAAGCAGAUGGGUGCCGCAGCGGCUACUCACGGGGUUAAGAUCCAGUAUUGCAUGGCUUUGCCCAGGCACGCCUUGCAGAGCUUGGAGAUCCCCACAGUCACACAG